CUUCCGUCCCGCGUUCGCCCCCUCCUGCUGCGGCGGCGAGCCGAGCCCAGGCGAAGAUGGCGAAGACUUACGACUAUCUGUUCAAGCUGCUGCUGAUCGGGGACUCGGGCGUGGGCAAGACCUGCCUGCUCUUCCGCUUCAGCGAGGACGCCUUCAACACCACCUUCAUCUCCACCAUCGGAAUCGACUUUAAAAUCAGAACAAUAGAAUUAGAUGGAAAGAAAAUCAAGCUACAGAUAUGGGACACAGCAGGCCAGGAGAGAUUCCGCACAAUCACCACAGCUUACUACAGAGGAGCCAUGGGAAUUAUGCUGGUGUAUGACAUCACAAAUGAAAAGUCUUUUGACAACAUAAAAAAUUGGAUAAGGAACAUAGAAGAGCAUGCCUCUUCAGAUGUAGAAAGAAUGAUCUUGGGUAACAAGUGUGAUAUGAAUGAAAAAAGACAAGUCUCAAAAGAAAAAGGGGAGAAGUUAGCAAUUGAUUACGGAAUCAAAUUUUUGGAGACAAGUGCAAAAUCCAGCAUAAAUGUGGAAGAGGCGUUUUUCACACUUGCACGAGACAUUAUGACAAAGCUCAACAGAAAAAUGAAUGACAACAGUUCAUCGGGGGCAGGUGGGCCAGUAAAAAUAACAGAAAAUCGAUCUAAGAAGAGCAGCUUCUUUCGAUGCACGCUACUUUGAUGAACUUCUAAUGAUAAGACUGCAGCACACUUAGAACCUUUUCUGCUUCUUUGAAAGCACAGGGUCACAAAGCCUCAGAAAUAAUACCACCAAGCUGCUGCUGAGAGCUCCAUUGAACGUAGACUGCGAUACACAAAUACCAAGUGGAUUUUGCUCACUAAGCCUAUUGACCUGUCAGGCUCUUCUUUCUCAGAUAUGGAAGCUAUGAAGUGGAGACACAAAUGCAAGAUUUAACUUGUUUUCCUUUUUUACUUUCAGUUUUAUUGCCUGUUGCAAAAGCUGCUAUGUUUCUUUUAACUUUGCACAUCCAUAUUGGCCUCUUACUGCCUGUUACAGCACAAUCUUACAUUUGUAUUUGCACAGUUUGACUUGUAAGUAAGAUUCCUAACAGAUUUGUGCACAGUUUUAUUUCUCUUUUUAAACAAAUUAACUUUCAAGCAGAAGAGCCAGGGGAAAAAUUAAGUCUCAUUUCCAUUAUUUUCUAUGCUGUAUACUCGUGGCCAUGCAGUAUGGAUGCUGUUGCUCUAGUGAUGAGAAUUGCUGUAACAAUUGGCAUUUAACAAAUUUGUCCAGAUUUUGUCUCUUAGAUGCACAAAUCUGUUUAUGCAGAAGCUGUGGCUUCUAUUCUGAAUGUAGUAUGCUUUUCUUUCUUUACCAGACUUAGCAAAGUUGUGUUCUGAAUUGCCAGUCACUGUCUGAUUCACAGAUGCACCUUUCAGUUGUUUGAAUAAACACAGUGUCUUUCCUCACCUAACUUCCCUUUGUUAGCUCAGACUGUCUGCUCCUUGUUUUGUUUCUGAUGAGGAAGCACACUCUGGAUUUGAAAUCAUCACCACAAAUUGGCCUCAUCACUAUCACUUAAGUGGCUUGUGGAAGCUGAAUGCAUGAGUUUUGAGUAACCUCUUUGUGGAUUCACUUGUUCAGAAAUGACUGCUUCUAAAGGUGACUUCCAUUUCUACUCUUAAUUCUAAGGAUAGUUUGUUAACGUCUGUAAGCAUUGGCACUAAGGAAGCCCCUCAUUAGGGCUCUAAUGUACUCCUAGUUUGCAGUUAAUGCUGAAUGUGUGUCUUUGGUCUGCUCGAGCAGUUGUUUUUUCAUCAAAAACUGGUACAGUGACCUAGACUGUUAGAAGCAGAGGUGAAACAUAGUUGCCUUUUUUUACUCAACUGAGCAUUGUAUAACCUAGUCUUUGUUCUACUACUUUUUUAUUGUCUUCUGAGAAAUUUCCUCAAUGAGCAAUUAAAACAGGUGCUUUAGUUCUGUUGGUGUGCCAAACGUGGACCAUUGUAAGCUUUAACUCCAAGUUUGUGUCCAGCAUGUUUGCUGUUAGGGGAUGGGCGUGUUCUGUCAUUGUCAAAGGAAAUGUCUGACAUGCUUUUGCUUCACUUGGUUGUCUGGAGUUGUAAACAGUGAGUUAGUUGUUACCACAGAGAACCAUUUUGUUGUGUCAGGUACUGAAUUUUGUCAUCUCUGGGUCUGUUUGGAAUAGCUUGAAAGCAAACAGGCCGAUAGCAUUAGAUGUAAAGCUUUUGAUUUUAAAGGGUUUAUCCUUAGUAGCUGGUUCCAUAAAGUUUUAGGUGGUUAUCAGCCUGUCCCCACACGUAGUUUAAUAGAAGUAGUUCUUGUAACUAGAUGGUGGAUCUCAUAAACUGCUGUUGCUGCACUAGAACAGAGAAACCUUCAUGGCAACAAGGUUUAGUGAAAAAACAAAGCAACCCUAACUGCUC